AUGGCUAUGGCAAGACCAGAUCGUGAAACUAAUGAUUUUGAUGUUGAUCAUGAAUUAGCAGUUGAAUUCUUGAAAAGAACAUUUUUUCAUCCUGGAAAAACCAAAUGUGAAGAACAAAAACGAGAAGCUUCUGAAAAAUAUGAAGAACGUUGUGAACCAAGUAUUAAUAAACUUACUGGAUCACGUUACUGUCCUGAUAUCAAAACAUGGGCCGCUUUUCAAAACUAUGAAAUUGGCAGUGGCAUGGGUCGUUAA